UACUCAAUUUUUCUUUUUGCUUUGCUCUCAGAAGGCAAAAAUGGUGAAACGGAGUAAAAAGAGCAAGAGUAAGAGGGUGACCUUGAAGCAGAAGCACAAGGUCCUGAGAAAGGUGAAGGAGCACCACAAGAAGAAAGCAAAGGAUGCUAAGAAGCUCGGGCUUAACCGUAAACCAAGAGUAGAGAAGGACCCAGGUAUUCCCAAUGACUGGCCUUUCAAGGAACAGGAGCUCAAGGCCUUAGAAGCUCGACGUGCACGUGCCCUCGAAGAGAUCGAACAGAAGAAAGUCGCCCGAAAAGAAAGGGCCAAAAAGAGGAAACUUGGUUUGGUUGAGGGGGAUGAUGAUGAUACCAAGACGGAAGAAGGGUAUGGAGAGGGGAAGAGCGGAGAUGACUCAACUAGAGUUGUCAAUGUUCGAGAUAACUCGGAGAGGGCUUUCUACAAGGAGCUUGUUAAAGUCAUUGAACUGUCUGAUGUCAUACUGGAGGUUCUUGAUGCCCGUGAUCCCCUUGGCUCGCGUUGUACCGACAUGGAGAGGAUGGUGAUGCAAGCUGGUCCCAAUAAACACCUUGUAUUGCUUCUUAACAAGAUUGAUCUUGUUCCCCGAGAGGCUGCUGAGAAAUGGCUUAAGUACCUUAGGGAAGAAUUUCCAGCUGUUGCCUUCAAAUGUAGUACCCAGGAACAGAGAUCAAACUUGGGUUGGAAAUCAUCGAAGGCAUCAAAACCAAGCAAUCUUUUGCAGACGAGUGAUUGUCUUGGAGCAGACACUCUUAUCAAAUUGCUGAAAAACUACUCAAGAAGUCAUGAGUUAAAAAAAUCUAUUACAGUCGGUAUUAUCGGACUCCCUAAUGUUGGGAAGAGUAGUCUUAUUAACAGUUUGAAGAGAGCUCAUGUCGUCAAUGUCGGUGCCACUCCUGGACUGACUAGGUCUCUGCAAGAGGUUCACUUGGAUAAAAACGUGAAGUUGUUGGAUUGUCCUGGAGUUGUGAUGCUCAAAUCUUCAGGAAAUGAUGCUUCUAUAGCUCUCAGGAAUUGUAAAAGAAUCGAGAAGUUGGAUGAUCCAGUUAGUCCAGUGAAGGAAAUCCUCAAGCUUUGUUCAACACAAAUGCUGGUGACUCUGUACAAAAUCCCGAGCUUCGAAUCAGUUGAUGAUUUUCUUUAUAAAGUUGCCACCGUAAGGGGUAAGCUUAAAAAAGGAGGUCUUGUGGAUAUUGAAGCUGCUGCAAGGAUUGUUUUGCAUGACUGGAAUGAAGGUAAAAUUCCGUACUUUACAAUGCCUCCAAAGAGGGACCAAGGUGAACACGUAGAGUCAAAGAUUGUGACCGAGUUGGCUAAGGAAUUCAACAUCGAUGAGGUUUACAGUGGUGAAUCCUCUUUCAUUGGGAGCUUGAAGUCGGUUAAUGAUUUCAACCCUGUUGAAGUUCCAUCUAAUGGUCCUCUCAAUUUCGAUGAAACUAUGAUCGAGGAUGGGUCUAAGUCUCAGACCGAAGAAGAGCCUGUCCUUGAGAGCGAUGAUGAGUCUAUGGGAGGGGAAGAGGAGGAGGAGGAAACAGUAAAGUCGAAGAAGAAAUCAGAGAAGAGCAUGCAGAAUGAGAAGCUAUACGUAGCUGAGAGUAUGCUGAAUACAAAACAGCAGAAAGCGGAGAAGAAGAGGAGAAAGAAAGGGAAAAAAGCAGCAGCUGGUGAAGAUCUGAUGGACGGAGAUUACGAUUUCAAAGUAGAUUAUGCGAAGAACAAAGCUACAGCCAUGGAUGAAGGAGACGAUUUCGAACUGGAGGUUAAAGUUCCAAUGGCUGGACUUUUGCCUGAAGAAUGAGUGAUUUAUAUAAACAACGUUAUUUGUUUUGUUUUUUUGCGUUUAUGAUUUGGUCGAGUAAACAUUUAAUAUAUAGAUUUGCUUCAUGAUGUAGUAGUGACACUAAAAGCAAUUUUGAUUUCUACAGUAGACC